AUGGAGGCAACUUUUACUAAAUUGAUCCACCUACGCAAAGAUGGAACUUUCGCAAAUACCAGCUACAGUCCAGUUCAGUUCGAACGUCCCUCCACUUCUACCCAUACUUAUCCAGCUCUCAGAGGAAGUGGAACCCACAUCAAAAUUGACAAGCAACAGACUCACACCUCGACACACGCACCACGGAAUGGGAACCAGAUCUACACAGACGGUUCAAAGCAGGAGAAUGGUGUAGGCAGUGCUUUUGUGCACUAUGAGAAUGGCAAAACUGUACACGACUGGCAAGGACAACUUCGCACUCACAAUAGCAUCUUCCAGGCGGAAGUACUGGGAAUUACGGCAGCAGUGCAACAUCUCAUAGAUUGCCAGAUCCCACGAGCAAAUAUCUAUACCGAUUACCUUUCAACUUUACUUGCACUUGAGAACCAUCAUCAUGUCUCACCUCUCAUACUUAGUCUCCAACAUCUCCUUAUGCAACACCCUCAUUACCAUCUCAAUCUAGUCUGGGUUAAAGCCCAUGCGAAUAAUGAGGGCAACGAGGCUGCUGACACGUUGGCCAAAGAUGCAAUUUCCAACCCGUCAGCCCAACCCAUCACCGUACCUGCGCCCUGCUCUUAUCUAAAGGGCCUCCUACGAGAGCAAGGAAUGCACCAAUGGCAACGUGAGUGGACCGAAUACGAGACAGGCAGACGGACUUUCACCUACCUCCCGAAAGUUUCCACCGAUCGACUCUUUGCCGUAGCACCUCUCACCUACUUCACCACGGCUCACGGCCCGUUUCCCAGCUAUUACAAUCGCCACGGCAUCUCAAAUACAGAUAUUUGUGUCUGUGGAUCAGAAGGGUCACCAGACCAUUACGUAUUUGAAUGUCCUUUGACGGCUGCACAUCAUCUUCCGCUACCUACAAAUAAUAGGAACGCCUAUCACCGGUUCCUUAUAACGCAUAAAGGAGCGGUUAAUUCAAUCUCCAGCAUCAUGGAUACCAUUGCGGCAUUGGGCACAGAUCUUUCUCUACCGUGCUAA